GCCUCAUCAAAGUAACUCUCUCCCUCUGUCUCUCUCUCUCUGCACUUCGUUUCUUGUCGACCAAUGGCGAAAUCACCAGAGGAACAACACCCAGUGAAAGCUUUCGGAUGGGCAGCUAGAGACCCAUCCGGUGUCCUCUCUCCCUUCAAAUUCUCCCGAAGGGCAACUGGAGAUGAAGACGUGAAAUUCAAAGUAUUGUAUUGUGGGAUCUGUCAUUCCGACCUUCACAGUGUCAAGAAUGAAUGGGGCUUUUCCCAGUAUCCUGUCCUUCCCGGGCACGAGAUUGUGGGUGAAGUAACGGAAGUGGGUAGCAAGGUAAAAAAGUUCAAAGUUGGAGAUAAAGUUGGAGUGGGGUGCAUGGUUGGAUCAUGUCACUCGUGUGACAACUGCGCCAAUGAUCUUGAAAAUUAUUGUCCCAAAUUCAUCCUUACUUAUAAUUCCACAUACUAUGAUGGAACUCCGACAUAUGGAGGUUACUCUGAUAUUUUAGUUGUUAAUGAGCACUUUGUGGUUCGUUGGCCUGAAAAUCUGCCUCUUGAUGCUGGUGCUCCCCUUCUUUGUGCUGGAAUCACAACUUAUAGCCCCUUGAAAUAUUAUGGACUUGACAAGCCUGGAAUGCAUGUGGGUGUAGUGGGUUUAGGUGGAUUGGGACAUGUAGGUGUGAAGUUUGCAAAGGCUUUGGGGGUCAAGGUGACAGUCAUUAGUACAUCCCCAAGCAAGAAAGAGGAGGCCAUUGAACAUAUUGGUGCUGAUUCAUUUUUGGUCAGCCGUGAUCCAGAUCAGAUGCAGGCUGCUAUGGGCACAAUGGAUGGUAUCAUCGACACAGUCUCUGCAGUUCAUCCUCUCCUGCCAUUGAUCGGUCUGUUGAAAUCUCAUGGGAAGCUGGUUAUGGUUGGUGCACCAGAGAAGCCAUUGGAGCUACCAGUAUUUCCUUUACUCAUGGGGAGGAAGUUAGUGGCUGGAAGUGGCAUUGGGGGGAUGAAGGAGACCCAAGAAAUGAUUGAUUUUGCAGCUGAACACAACAUAACAGCGGACAUUGAGGUUAUUCCAAUGGACUAUGUGAACACUGCUAUGGAACGUCUUGUGAAAGCUGACGUUAGAUAUCGAUUCGUGAUUGACGUUGGGAACACACUGAAGGCUGCCUAAUCACUGCAUAUUUAUCCUCAUUAUCAACGAGACUUGGAAAAAUGAGAAUGAAAAUCCAGAGACUUUAGUAUCCAAUUGUUUUAUUUUGUCCUCUACUUUUGGUGUUUGAACAAGUUUUUUUGGACUACAACAAUCAACUUAUUGUGACUGAAUAAAGUUGUUUUCCAAAUUUGUAAUCGUAUGUUCGGUUGUUUAAAAACUGGGUGCUUAAACUAUUGGUUUGAAUUUUACCUUGCUCCAACAUUGAACCUUUUGUUUAAGGUGCAAUAUGAAAAAGUGGAAUGUUUAAGG